UGCGAAUUCAACGACAUUACAGUACAAUUGAAAUGUAAACGCGAUUCACUCUACAUUUGUUGUUCGAUCCGUCUACAGUUUUGCGCUAUCUCUACUCGUGUAACAGACGGGUUAGUCGGCACGUCUGAGAUUUGCAAAUAAUCGGAAAGAGAAUGACAGAAGAAACCGGUCAAGAAGUGAAGUUAUUCACGCUAGCCGAAGUUAAAAUUCACAAUGGAAAAGAUGACCCGGCCACCUGGAUUAUCUAUAAGGAUAUUGUUUAUGAUGUGACAUCGUAUUUAGACGACCAUCCUGGCGGUGGCGAUCUAAUCACCGAGUUCGCCGGAUUAGAUUGCACAAAGGGUUUCGACGAUUUCGGACAUUCCUCGGACGCGAAAAAACAAUUGAAGGCUUUCAAAAUACGCGAAAUUGUCGAGGAGGAACGUAGAGGAAAAGCCAAGAAGAAGCCUGAAGUAAAAUCGGGAGUUACUGUUAAGGAUGCUCCAGACGGAAAACCACAAACCAGGAGCUGCAUUUCAAUUGUCACUUGUGGAUUAUGCGGAUGAAACAAAAGGAUUAACGUAUAGAAUUCCUAAGUGUAAUUUAAAUUCCAUAGAGGAAUUUUUCAACUGUGAUGAAGUCCUACAGAAAACUGUAAACAAUAAUUGUUAAAUCAUAUUUAUUGCUGCAACUUACCAUUAAGAUUAUAAGUUUAAAUAU